AUGGCGUCACCCUCCGAACCAUUCCGUUGGCACUACGCCGAGUUCGACGACAGCAACUUCCAAAUCCGUGGUCGCACUCUCUUUUUCAUACUGGUACUCUUUUCAAUCAUCCUCUUAGUCACUCUCCUAUUCCUUUACGCCAGGUGGAUAUGUCGAUACCGCCUUCGUCCUCCUCAGCCUUCCGCGUCCCACUUUGUCCACGCGCCGACGCCUCCUCCUCCGCCACAGCAGGGGCUGGACUCAACGGCAAUUAAUAACUUGCCGAUUGUUUCGUACAUGGGAUCGGGAUCGGGAUCGAGUUCUGGGAAUUUUGUUGAUUCAGAGUGUUGUAUUUGCUUAGGCAUUUUUGAAGAUGGAGAUGAAGUCAAAGUGCUGCCUCGCUGUCACCACUGCUUUCACUCGGACUGUGUGGAUAAGUGGCUCACGACUCAGUCGAGUUGUCCGCUUUGUCGUGCUUCUCUCCGAGUUGACUCUGCUGUUUGA